ACAUGCUUCCCGUGUAUGCAAUCAAGUACCUGGGAAUAUCAAAGAUCUGAUAAGUUCUGCUGCCAGAUCGUGCAGAUACCCGGAGGAGCGACCUGGUAGAUUCCAUGCCGUACGGGCUUGAAGAGUUAGCCAGACCAGAAAGUAUGGUCGAGUGAACGUAUAUAAAAGCUUCACACUUCAUCGAUCAUAAGCUCAUCCUCACAGUCUUGUCCCAGGCUUCUUCAUACAAUCUUCUACCUUUACAUUAUCCUGCGUCAGAAUCCAAGAUGCUGAUCGUUUUUCUCGCCGCUGUUACGUCGACCUUCUUCGCGCAGGUCUACGGCGCUGGGAGUGCCGUACAAGGCACAGGGUCAACCACUCGUCAAUGGUCUUGUUGCAAGAACUCCUGCUCCUGGCCGGGCAAAGCUCUUGUCGACAAGCCUGUCCUGACGUGCGACGCAAGCGACAAUCUUCUCGACAACUACAACAGGCGCGACGGCUGCGAAAGCGGCGGUGGCUCAUAUGCCUGCUCUGACCUCAGCCCAUGGGCUGCGAGCAACGACUUGGCGUAUGGCUUCGCCGCAGUCAAUCUCGCAGCUUCAAACGAAUCUGCGUGGUGUUGCUCUUGCUAUUCUCUGACGUUUACAUCCGGCCCAGUCAACGGAAAGAAGAUGAUCGUCCAAGUCACGAAUACAGGAUCUGAUUUAGGAGAAGAUCAAUUCAACAUUGCCAUCCCUGGUGGUGGUGAAGGUUCCACCCAAGGAUGCACGAAGCAAUAUGGCGGCGCGGACGUCUGGGGUCAAGACUAUGGUGGCGUAGCGCACCGCGACGACUGCGACGCCCUCCCCGCUGCGCUGCAAGCUGGCUGUUACUGGCGUUUCGACUGGUUUCGGGCAGCUGACAAUCCGUCUGUCAGCUGGGAGAAGGUGAAAUGUCCUACAACCCUGUCUGACGUGUCUGGCUGCCGUCGUAACGAUGACUCGAUUCCGGGGCAGAAUACCCCAUCGCCGACGCCUACGACUUCUGCCCCGAUAUCGUCUGGUACUGUACAACCGGGAGGUCAAUGUGGUGGGAAGUCUUACAAAGGUCCCACCCGAUGUGUCGGAGGCACUGUGUGUACCUAUGUCGACGAGAAUUCGUACUAUUGUCUUGCGGACCCAGCUAACACAAGAACAACCCCAACGACUACAACUUCUGCUAGUGCCGCACCUACUAUCGGUCUACCGUAUGACCAAUGCGGCGGGAAUGGUUGGACUGGUCCCAGGACAUGCAAGGAUUCGGUGUGCGUGAGAGUCGAUGAAUGGUACUCGCAAUGCCAGCCCCCAGUCUCAUCUCAGAGAUCCUCCAGCACGAGAACUCAGACAACUGCUAGACCAACAUCUACUCCACCUGUUCAACCGGCACCGCCCUUCACUCGUACCAGGCGCACAACCACGACUAGGCCCGCGCUACCAGUGGCUACGGGCCCAGUGCAGCUCUAUGAUCAGUGCGGUGGUCAGACGUGGCAAGGCUCAACAACCUGCAACCAGGGCCUGGUUUGCUUCAAGGUCGACGAAUACUAUUCGCAGUGUCAGAAGCCGUCCUAGAGAAGUGAAAGUGAACAGAUUCGUUGUGUCGGGCCUGAAGAUCUCAAUUUGUCGCUAGCAGAGAAGUGUUUCAAUCGUACAUGUAAGCAUUAGUGGGAGGAGGAAUUCGUAGCUUGCCGAAAUACAAUAC